CCCGACCCCUAAGCUCCGUCUCCGCCUCCGCCGUGCCCCCACCCCACCCGCAUCCCGGCGACCGAGCGCGGCGAAGGGAGCCCACCGGCGGUCAAGCUCGGGCCGCUGGGCGGCGCGGCGGUCUACCUCUGCAACAAGGCCCUCCACAGCGUAGAGGGUUAAUCGUCUUGGACCGCGUCGAGGGGAUAACCACCCCGGCCGCGCCAAAACAGAUCCAUGGAUCUCCGACGCGCGCCAACGGGUCUGCCUCAUGGUCAUCGAGACUGCAGAUGCCGAUCAUCUACGCCACGUCAGCGCACGACCCAAUUUCGUGGAGAGCGCCUCCGGGAGCAGGGGGUCUCCAGAUGGUAACUUCCUCCUGGUGCAGGACCCUGGGGGAGAACUAUAAUGAGAGAGUGUUGCCUUCAAUCAUUCAUGAAACACUCAAAGCUGUGCUUGCCCAAUACAAUGCCAGUCAGCUAAUCACACUCAGAGAGGCUGUGAGCAGGGAGAUCAGGAAGAUUCUGACCGAGAGGGCAAAGAACUUCAAUAUCGCUCUGGAUGAUGUGUCCAUUACCAGUCUCAGCUUUGGUAAAGAGUUCACUCAUGCCAUUGAAGCCAAACAGGUUGCUGCUCAGGAAGCUGAGCGUGCCAAGUUCAUCGUCGAGAAGGCUGAGCAAGACAGUAGAAGUGCAAUUAUCAGGGGACAGCCUUAACACUUGUACAAGAUGGAGGUGGAGCAUUGAAAGAGGCCUUAGAGGCUCAUGAUCUGGACCGAGGCAGAGCUAAGCUUCAGUCAAGGUGCUUCUGUGGACUCAUCGCAGCUUCCGAGCUAGCUCAGCAGCCCGGUUCACCAAAGUCCGGCAUGGCACGGCUCGCCAGCCCUACCAAAGGAUAUGACUCUCAGCAAACGAAAUUUGCAUCCAGCUGAUGCUGCAUUCGACGAUAAAGGAUUUCCCUCCUUUAUAUUAUAAAGCAAACACCCUAGCUUGUUGGACCA